ACAUUUUAAAGUGUGCUUGUGCCAUGUUUCUCAAUCACUGUCACUUGGCUUGUAUUUUGUUAUACAUUCAAAGAUAUUCAUGCAUUUUGUUAUAUAAUCAAAUACUGUAUAUUCAUUCAUUUUAAACUGUGACUUAAGAUUCCAAAUACUUUUUUAGGUCAUACUUUUUUUAUCUCUUUUGCAUUUACUGAAUAGUUUAUUGACAUCUUUACAUUUACAUUAUUUUGCUUACUAUUGUGUAUGUUACAUAGUAGCAUUUUCUGUAUUGUUAUUUAUCAGGCAAGAAGACCUGGGAAUCCGAAAAUGGACAUCAAACCCAAGUCAAAGAUUUCUGCAUCCCGAAAACUUUCUCUAAAGAUGAUGCUUCUGAACAGAGCCAUGGAGGAUCUGGAGAGGGAGAAAGAGGAGAGAGAUGAAGAGAGAAAUCGCUACCUGCAAGACAAACUCCCUCCUCUGCAGAUUUCUGGACUCUCUCUGGGCGAGUUACAGAAUCUUUGCAAGCAACUCCAUGCCAAAAUCAGUGUGGUAGAUGAAGAAAGGUACGACUAUGAGGAUAAAGUUAUCAAACACAACAAAGAUAUCAAUGAGCUAAAGAUGAAGAUUCAGGAUCUAGGGGGGAAGUUCAAGAAGCCUGCACUGAGGAAGGUGCGUGUGUCUGCUGAUGAGAUGAUGAGGGCCCUGCUGGGCUCGAAGCACAAAGGCUCCAUGGACCUCCGAGCAAAUCUCAAGUCUGUCAAGAAGGAGGACAUCAAGCAAGAGAAGGUCCUGACCAGUGAAGUAGGCGACUGGCGUAAGAAUGUGGAAGCCAUGUCUGGCAUGGAGGGACGGAAGAAGAUGUUUGAUGCGGCUGGUGGAGGCCAGUGAGCCCUCGGCAGCUGGAAAGCUAUGGUCUUGACAGAUAAAUUAACUAUAGACAUGUUAUUGGCCAGAAACAUACUCUACACAAUUACAAAUGCUUUGCUAACUCUUUAAUAUUAUGGUUAUUAUUAUUAACAUGUCAACAUAGCAGUAGCUGAUCUGAAUAAUGAUAUUAUGUCCCAUCCAGAAAUCUGAUAUAUGGCAAUACUUGGCAUUCAUCUGACAGGGAGAGUUUUCCGUGACCACUAUCGGGUCCUUUAAAAACAUAUAACAUGCGAGGAAGGGCAGCCGGUGUACUAUUUGGUGGACCCCUAGGGAGUUGGACUACAAAAUCUUCAUAUAGGGAGUCCGUGGCCUUGCAUUUAUUUAUGUGAAUUUUACAUAUCACAUGUAUGGAUACAUAGUAUAUUAGAUUGUAUAUGUUAUGAAUGGCAUAUACAGUGGCAAGAAAAAGUAUGUGAACCCUUUGGAAUUAGCUGGUUUUCUGCAUUGAUUGGUCAUAAAAUGUGAUCUCAUCUUCAUCAAAGUCACAAGUAAAGAUAACACAAUGUGUGUUAAGCUAACAACACAAACAAUUAUAAUCUUUCAUGUUUUUAUUAAACACAUCCCAUUAAACAUUCACAGUGCUGUGGAAAAAGUUAGAUAACCCUUGGAUUUAAUGACUGGUUGAUCCUCCUUUGGCAGCAAUAACCUCAACCAAGCAUUUCCGAUAACUGAGGAUUACACCUGCACAACGUUCUGAAGGAAUUUUGGACCAUUCUUCCUUACUGAACUGCUUCAGCUCAGUCAUAUUCUUAGGAUGUCUGGUGUGAACGACUCUCUUGAUGUCAUUCCACAGAAUCUCUAUUGGGUUAAGGUCUGGGCUCUGACUGGGCCACUCCAAAAGGUGGAUUUCCUUUUUUGAAGCCAUUCUGUAGUGGAUUUACUUCAGUGUUUAGGGUCAUUGUCUUGCUGCAUCAUCCAACUUCUACUGAGCUUCAGCUGUUGCACAGCCACCCUGACAUUAUUCUGUAGGAUGUCUUAAUAAACUUGGGAAUUAUUUUCCCUUGAUGAUGGUAAGCGGUCCAGGCCCCGAAGCAGCAAAGCAGCCCCAAAUCAUGAUGCUCGCUCCACCGUACUUCACCAUUGGGAUGAUGUUUUCAUGUUGGUAUGUGGUGCCCUUCAAAAGCCAUACGUAGUGCUGCGUGUUCUUUCCAAACAAUUCAACCUCAGUUUCAUUAGUCCACAAAAUAUCUUUCCAGUAGGAUUGUGGAGUGUCAAGGUGGUCUUUGGCAAACUUCUGGCAUGCAGCAGUGUUUUUGUUGGAAAGCAGUGGCUUCCUUUGUGGCGUCCUGCAAAGGACACCAUGCCUGUUUAAUGUUUUACAUAGAGUAGACUCGUGAAUAGAGAUGUUAACUAGUUCCAAUGAUUCCUUCAAGUCUUUAGCUGUCACUCUAGGGUUCUUUUUUACCUCAUGGAGCAUUCUGCAGUGUGCCCUUUGAGUCAUCUUGGCUGGAUGGACACUUCUAGGGAGAGUAGCCACAGCACUAAAUCGUCUCCAUUUAUAGACAGUUUGUCUAACUGUGGACAGAUGAAUAUACAAGCUCUUCGAGAUAACUUUGUAACCCUUUGCAGCUUUAUGAAAAGCAAACAUUUUUGAUUGUAUGGUCUUCUGAGAUCUCUAUUUUUGCAAGACAUGGUCAACGUCAGCAGAGGCUUCUUGUGAAUAGCAAACUCAAAAUGUUUGCUUUUUAUAAGUCAAAGUAGCUCUAACCCACACCUCCAAUCUCGUUUCAUUAGUUGGAUGACAGGUUUGCCAACUCCUGACUAUAAUUAGCUUUUGUUGACAUCAUUAGCCUAGGGGUUCACAUACUUUUUCCAACCAACAAUUUGAAUGUUUGAAUGCUGUAUUUAAUAUGUACAAAAACAAUACAAUAAUUUGUGUGAUAUUAGUUACAACAGAUUGUGUUUGUUCAUUAUUGUAACUUAGAUGAGAAUCAAACCAGAUUUUAAGACUAAUUUAUACAUAAAUGCAGGUAAUUUCAAAGGGUUCACAUACUUUUUCUUGCCACUGUAUAUCCAUAUAAAUGAACUAUAAUUGUAUAUAUGUUCAUAUAUAGAUAUAUAUUAGAUUUCUGUAUGGGAGAUCCGCUAUAGCAACAAUUAUAAAACUGAAGCUGCUCCCAAAUUGCAUACUUCUGCACUAUUCUGUGCUAUUUUAUAGUGUAUAGUGUUAGUAGUACAGGUGCAUCUCAAUAAAUUAGAAUGU